AACUAACCAAUAGAAAUGUUCGGGAAGAAGAAACCAGCUCAAGCGACCACGGGAGAUGCCAUCCAGAGGCUGCGAGCUACAGAGGACAUGCUACAGAAGAAAUCAGACUUUUUAGAGGCUAAGAUAGUUCAAGAGAUGAAGACAGCUAAGCAAGCGGGCAUGAAGAAUAAAAGAGCGGCUCUUAAUGCGUUAAAAAGAAAGAAGAGGUAUGAGGAACAGCUGAAUAAGAUAGACGGUACUCUAGCUACAAUAGAGUAGAGGGAGGCUCUAGAGAACGCCAGUACUAACACGGAGGUUCUCAAGAACAUGGGAUUCGCUGCUAAGGCUCUGGAGGGAGCUCACAAACAAGUUGGGGACGUUGAUAAGGUACACGAUCUGAUGGACGAUAUAGCAGAGCAACAAGACCUAGCUAACGAGAUAUCAGGUGCUAUCAGCUCUCCCAUGGGAUUCGGUAACGAUGUGGAUGAAGACGACUUGUUAGCUGAACUAGAGGGGAUGGAGCAGGAAGAUAUGGAUAGACAGUUGUUGGACAUCCCAAAUGCGGAUGUCAUGAACCUGCCCUCAGCCCCUACUGGAGCCCCAACCAGAUCAACUGUGGUGGAGGAAGACGACGAGGAUAUGGCUGCUCUCGCUGCCUGGGCCACCUAGUGUCGUCACGUGUCAGAUUGUGACGUCACGUGUCAGAGUGUGACGUCACGUGUCAGAGUGUGACGUCACGUGUCAGAUUGUGACGUCACGUGUCAGAUUGUGACGUCACGUAGGUAGUGUGACGUCACGUAAUAAAUGGGUUAUUUGGGUGUAGAUAAUUUCUACAGCGACUUAUGUCAUUUUGUUAUCAUAUUUGUACUGUUAUAAAAUGAUAUUAUAUAACAGCCUGUCCUUGCUAAGAAAAGCUGAUAAAUCUUAUUUGCUUAAACAUGACAAACGUAAUUCAAGCGACAUUUUAAUGAUUUUCCUGUAAAAUUUUGAUACGACUGACUCUGUCAAUGAUUUUCAUGCUUUUCUGGAAUAUUUUUAAAAUGCUAGAUAUGGAACAAUAAAAUCAAAAUGAUUAUAAUAUAUAAAUUAUAUUCAACAUUCUUAUAAAUUUAUUACUAAAUAAGUUUUGUAAAUACUCUUAUAUGAUAUUUACUAUUAUAUUAUAUUGGUAUAUACGGUCAAUAUACCGGGUACCUCGAAUCUCGAUAUACCGGGUACCUCGAUAUACCGGGUACCUCGAUAUACCGGGUACCUCGAUAUACCGGGUACCUCGAUAUACCGGGUACCUCGAUAUACCGGGUACCUCGAUAUACCGGGUACCUCGAUAUACCGGGUACCUCGAUAUACCGGGUACCUCGAUAUACCGGGUACCUCGAUAUACCGGGUACCUCGAUAUACCGGGUACCUCGAUAUACCGGGUACCUCGAUAUACCGGGUACCUCGAUAUACCGAGCCACUUCUUCAGUAUAGAGAGGUUUGACUGUAUAUCUAUUAUCUAAAUUAUACAAAUUCUGGUAUAAGUAUAUAUUCUUUGAUACAAUGUCUUAAAUAAGAUUUGAUAAAAAUGCAGAGAAGUUACGAAAUUGGGCACCAAUUUCAUUUUUUGGCAAACUUUUUCAAUGGAAUGUUUUAUCUCUUAAAAAAAAACAUUUGGAAUUUUUCGACUUUUGAAGUGCUUAUUUUCUCAGCUAUAAGCUUGCUUUUGUCACAUUCUUGCUUUUGUCACAUUCUUAAAUUUAUUCCUUGAAUUUGCAACAUUAUUUGUUCUAUCUUUCUUAACAUAGAAAUGAUUUUUAGUACUAGGAAUAAUUUAGAUGUAAUCUUCAUAUUGUGUAGUGACAUAUUACAUUAUAAUUAAUGUGUAUAGACGCUUAAAUAAUACAUUAUUCUCGUAUUAUGAUGAAAAUUAAUGAUAAGCAUGAUUAUUUGUCACUAAGUAAGUGUCCUAAUGAAAAUUAGAGCCAAUUACUGACGCAUUAUUAGUUAACUUAUUCCCAUGUGAGUAUUAAUUUUUCCCGAGAGCAACAAUUCAAUUGUUGAACAAAAUAAUGUUCAAUCCCUUUUUUACCGUGUGUUUUUUCAGAAUUCCAGAUUUAAAGUUUUGGUUCAAUAUACAAGAUAUAUACCUCCCUUCCAAUUUUAGCUUUGUACUAAAAUUUGGUUGAAUUAAUUUUGAUUUGAUAUUUUAGACACGAACUUUUCAGUGUAAUUUCAAUUUGUAUUUUCUAUCGUUA